AUGCAGCCGUCAGAGAUCUUUGUAGGCUCGAUUGACCAGGGUACAACUAGUACCAGGUUCUUGAUUUUCAAUCGUGAAGGGGAGCCUGUGGCAUCGCAUCAGGUCGAGUUUCCACAGAUUUAUCCCAAUCCAGGAUGGCAUGAGCAUAAUCCAAUUGAUCUUGUCUCUUCCGUUGAAACAUGCGUUGAGGAAGCUGUCAAACAAUUCGAGUCUCGUGGAUAUUCCCGCAAUGAUAUCAAAGCCGUUGGAAUUACCAACCAGAGAGAAACCACUGUGGUGUGGGAUUAUGAAACCGGCGAGCCAUUGUGCAAUGCUAUCGUAUGGACGGACACUAGAUCGCAGUCCAUUGUCGACGAGUUGAAGGAGAAGCCGGGGGCAUCCAGAUUACAACGUAUCUGUGGCCUUCCCUUGUCAACUUACUCAUCCUCCUCUAAGCUGCUAUGGAUGCUUGCAAAUGUUCCCCGUGUCAAAGACGCUUACGAACGAGGUACCCUGGCGUUUGGAACAGUUGACACAUGGCUCGUGUAUCGUUUGAAUGGUGGCCACCAAGCAAAUGUGUUUGUGUCUGAUCCUACAAAUGCGUCGCGGACCAUGUUCAUGAACCUGGAGACCCUCGAGUAUGACAACUCACUUUUGGACUUCUUCGGUAUCCGCGGAAGGAUCCAUCUGCCAAAGAUCGUCCCAUCCUCGGACACAAAAGCUUAUGGAGCUUUCUCAUAUGGAAUUCUUGCGGGCGUUCCUAUAAUGGGCUGUCUCGGAGAUCAGUCCUCUGCACUUGUGGGCCAGAAAGGGUUCUCACCAGGCAUGGCGAAGAACACUUACGGUACGGGAUGCUUCCUUCUUUACAAUGUCGGCGAAAAACCAGUCAUCUCCGAGCAUGGCCUACUAGCCACUGUGGCGUAUCACUUUGAUGGAAAGCCAGUAUACGCCCUAGAAGGGAGCAUCGCUGUCGGUGGCUCGGGUGUCAGGUUCCUCCAGAACAACUUAGAAUUUUUCAAGGAAUCUAAAGAAGUCAACGAUCUAGCUCUCACCGUGGAGGACAACGGAGGGUGUGUCUUCGUCACUGCGUUUAGCGGCCUCUUUGCACCUUAUUGGAUUGACGACGCCAAGGGAACCAUCUUCGGAAUUACGCAGUAUACUCAAAAAGGCCACAUUGCUAGGGCCACUCUCGAAGCGACCUGCUUUCAAACUAAGGCCAUCCUAGAUGCGAUGGAAAAGGACAGUGGCCACGCGCUAUCCGAGCUGGCAGUUGACGGAGGAAUGAGUAAUUCGGAUCUUGCCAUGCAGAUCCAAGCGGACUUGAUCUCCAUUCCGGUCUAUCGUCCUAAGAUGCGCGAGACGACCGCCUUGGGUGCUGCAAUUGCUGCCGGUCUGGCGGUUGGACUGUGGCGAAACUUUGCUGAGUUGCGUGAUAUCAACCGUGCGGGCGGAGCUGUUUUUGAGCCUAGGAUCAGCCGCCAGCAAAGCGCCGAAUCGUUUGCGCUCUGGGAAAAAGCAGUGAAUAUGAGCAAGGGAUGGGUUGGGCACAAAGUACCGUCUUCUGUCCCAGAACCAAAGAAGGAUGCUCCUGUUGCCGUUCAAAACAAUAAUACCACCCAGAUGGUUCCAGCAAAGGUUAACGGAAGUCUCCUCCCGGCAAAGAGCCCCUUAAUCAGUAUCUGCAGUGAUCUCGACGAUGUUGAUGAGGAAUAUCUAUACCUGGAGCUCCGGAGGGUCGAGAUCUUGCAGAAAUUGAAGAAGCUUACCAAGCUCAAGGUAACCCUUUUGUCGACUUGA